AUGUACACACUUCCACUCAUCCAAGAUCUCACAAUAGGGGAACGACGGCGCGAAGAUGUGGAGGUCGACAUCCCUGACGAACCGCCAGCAAAGCGUCAUCACCAGCGCCAUCUGACCUCCCCGCCGAAACCCAAGACAACUUUCUCCACAAAGUACUUGCUCAGGAACUCUAGAGAGCGUACACAAAGGGAUAUUGCAGCAACUGUUCCAGUACCAUCCCCAGCUCUCAUCCUCGUGAAGCGUCCACGCAAUGUUGUGGACGCUGGCAUCUCUGACAAACCGCAGGCAAAGCAUCACCACGAGCGCCAACUAACAUCCCCACCGCUGAAGCAUCAGACCCGAUCCUCGUCAAAGUCCCCCACCCCCAUUCAGAUUAUGCGUAUUCUUGACCCUGCCUCGGCUCCCAUCUCAGCCCCCACUUCGAUUGCUAUUCCAGUUCGUCCCUCAGGUGCCUUCCCUUUUCGUUUUUCAGUCGAGACCGCAAGCACAGCAUCGAAUCCCACGCAUCUGCCUUGGGAUCAACUCCCAGAAGCCACACGAAACCGUCUAUCCCCACAGUACGAUGGUCUUGUCUCUCGAGUCUGGGGCAGUCCGUUGGAAAUCUGGGGUGACACCUGGAUUGAUUACACUCAUGCUCUGGGUUUGUCGACUCGUGAAAAGCCUGAUGGUGUUCCUGAGGACGACUUACUCGAUAAGUUCCCCAACCUUCGUGCUGCUUUGCACGUUGCACAAGUCAAAUGUAAUUUCUACGAGCUCUAUCAUCACCCUUUGUUUUUCAAUGAUUUGGACGCGUCGAUCGAUGAAGCAUUGGCCGAAGUAGAACCCUUGUUCAUCCCCUCUGCGAUACUAUAUCUUUCGUCACACGGAAGGUCGUCAGCCUAUACCUGCGGGGAUCUACAUCCCCUCGCAAUCGAAAAAACCUCGUGCGACGGCCACAACUAUUAUCGUAUAGAGCGUAACUUUGUUGAGAGGAGGUCUUACCGGGUCGAGGACAUAGGACUAGGUACCUUGAGCCUCUUGCGUGAGCUCAGCGCCUACUGGGGCUUCUAUUUCGCGUACUCACCGAACAAGACGGCGGAAGAAGCUCGCGCGAGCCAGAUGUCCCAAGAUUUAAUCCUCGCUACUCAAGAGCUCGGGUCGAUCAUGGGCACUGCGACUCGCAGCCACGAACCAGAAUCCUACCACACCGCCUUGGCCCAUCGCUGCUUCUAUGCGCUCUACCUCACCCGUAUUAUCGUCCUCUCCAGAUUUCUAGAAUGUUUGCCUCGAGACAUAGACUCAGAGUAUGCACGUGCUGGAUGGGCCGUAUUUCAGCAUGCUCCACCUCGUAUGCCGGAUGGCGACGACGUAUUUUCCGCGACCUAUCGUCAUGUCACGAGAGCCCGCGGUUCUGUCUUUGACCUCAGGCGGACGGUCAAAGCUCGAUUUCGUGCGCUGGCCAAGAGCAAUCGGCGUCUUUCCAUCAAGCUGCCAUUCCAUCUCGCAGUCGACGAGGUCGAAGCUCCUAUUUCCCGAAACCGCUCAAGCAGUCACCGUCCCGCCUGCUCCCGCCUUAGUGUCAGUGCCCUGUUUGAUAAAGCUCUUUAA